UUAGAAAUGGACAUGGUAUAUUUGUACAAACAAUGUCAAGAAACUUGAUGAGGACCUCAAGUCAUCAUCAGAAAAGGAGAAAGGAACAAGAACAUGAAGCUGAGGAAACUAAAGAAGCCAACCAGGACAUAGGUGCAUUCAAAGAAGGAUAUCUUUGCAACCAUGAGGAAUUUGACCGUGAAACCACUUGCUAUAGAUUCUCAACUCAACCAGAGCACGCAGCGAAUUGGUUUCAUACCAAAAGGAGUAAUGGUUUAGGAAAUAUACCAUUUACAAGUCAGGCGGCCUACACUGCAUCCGAGCUGGUUCUAUUUAAGGAAAGUAAUUCUUUGCUUAAGGAGUGUGCAACUCAAACUCACGUGUGGAAACCAGGAGAUCAGCCAUUACAUCUAAGACCACUUGGAGAGUUCAUACCAUGCACUAAACCUCACUGGAUCAGCCAGAUUCUUCACCAUCUCAACUUGCCAUUUUUGGAGCCAAUUUGCUUUAAAUCCCAACGGCUAGUUUUCUACACUCUUGGCUGUGAUUUGGCGAUUUUUUUCAUCAACCAGAAGCUCCCUAAGGCUCCUAGGAUCUUCCCAAAGUUUUCCAGAUACAAGCAGCUCCACACAUUUCCCAUUUUGGCUCAGAUUCUCUCAAUAAGGCCUAACGGCUAGAUUUCUUAAUUUCAGCAUGUUUUCUCAUUUUAUUUAGCUUUCUAAAUCAUUGUAGUGAGCCUAUAUAAGCUCAUUAGUUUAUCUCAUUGUAAGGACGAAUCUUUUACCCAAGAAAUAAUAAACUUCUUCGUUUCUUUUCUCCAAA